AUGAUGAGGCCCACAUCAUCCGCAAGUUUCAACAGGUGUAGACUUAAACUUUCGAGUCAAUUCAAUUUUUUUAAAGUUCGUUGGCGAAAGUUUCAAUAGAUGCUCAUCCUUCUGAACAAGCUAUAAUCGUCCGUUAUGAGCAAACUAUCGGAAACUUGAGAGGCAGAAGCGCCACUUCAGUCGAUAUUGAAAGCAAGACAAUUCAAAAAGUGUAAGUAGUUUUAUUCUCUGUUAUGAUUUUAAUGUUUGAAAAGCGUUUAACGCAAGUUUUUCCAGGAUAAGUCUAAAAGAACUUACUGCGCAAGUCGAUAUCCGGGCCCUAAGUUCAGUGGUUUUGAGCAAAUGUCCUUGGAUUCCAAGUUCUUCGCGGAAAGAAUUGGAGCAAGUCCUCCACUACCUUCAAAAGCGCAGCGGGCAAAAGCUCACAACUCGUUCAAGUUAGUGCAAUUUUCAUUUUGAAACAGACUCGAAAAAUUUUAUCAUUUUUCAAGUUAUUUUACUAAGUACUUACUAAAGCGUUAGCCGGCUUUUUCAGAAUUAAAUAAAUAUUUAAAUUUUUUUCCUUAUCCCCGUUUAAUUUUUUUAUUUUUUUAAAAGAGAAUAUUACAUACACACGCUCAAAUAAUUUUUAUAUCAGUUUGCGAAGUUAUGAACUCGUUUUUUUAAAUAAUAAUAUUACUAACCCGUUGAUGAUUUUUUCUUCAGUAUCUUCAGUAUCACCAAAUUUAUUUCAUACCUUUUUUUCAUCGCCUUCCUGUUCAGGGAGUUCUUCGGCGGUUUCACUAGAUCGAAGGCAGGUCCAAACGCCGCCGAUGUCUGCUGAAAUGUCUAAAUUAGAUGUAAUUUUGAUUACUCGCUCGAAGCAUUGAGAGACCUCAUUUUCAGGAGUACCUCGAGUGCUUCUACUCUGAGACAGCGGCAGAGAAAAAUCGAGGAGCACUUUCUAUUCUCGAACUGACAAAAAUUGAAUCAAACUUGACUGAAAUGAUCGAGAACGGUUUUAAUUUGAAUGAAUAGUUUGAAAUUGGGAAUUAUUGAAGAAACGAUGUUGGGAGCGUUGGCGCGAGUUUUCCGAGAAGACUGGAAGAAGAACUUUGACGUGGCGACAAACAUCGUCAGGAUUUUUGUCAAUUUUUCUAGAUUCUCCAAGUUUCACUCUACGUUGAUGUUCCACAAGGUGGGAAAAUAUUUUAAUUCUGUUGUAUUUAUUUAAAUUUUCAAAAAUGAAAAUACAUUUACAGAAGGUUUUUUUGCAAACGAUUCCUUGCUCUCACAAAUCUGAGAAAAAAUUAGUCUAGAGUGAGAUAAAAGAAGACUAAUCGAAGUUGGGAAAUGCUUUUUCAAGGAAAAUAUUAUUAAACAAGAUUUGCAUUUGUUAAACAAAUCUUAUUUUAUAAGGGAAGAUUAUCUAAUCAUGAUGGCUAGUCCAUUUGAGAAAAAGAAAGAUUCGAGUUUGUAUCAACUGAUUCGUUUUGUUCGAGGUGGGCUCGCUCUGUCUGACAGCCAUGGAACACGAAGUGAAGCGGGCCGAAUCUUGGCAGGUCGAUCUCCGCAAGUCCGACCCUGAAACAGCACGCAAACUGCGUACGGCCCUGAGAAAACAGGCCAAUUUGCUAGCCGGUCCGUUUUGCGUAGAAUCACAUAGUAUAUUCUUUUCUCAUGGGUAAAAUGAGAAAGAAAGGGUUUUCAGAUAUAUUUUAGACUUUCGAUUCUUAUGCCUUUUUGUCAGCCUUCAGUUUCAGUUUGCGUGACCCUUUUAACCAACCUUGCGGUGGACAUCAACGUAGAGCUGAAGAUGGUACGGCGUGACCUCGUCUCGCUUCUCAUGAAGUUGGUGCUGCUCUUCAGCCUUUCUGAGAGCGUUUCUCAUCUCAACUUCCUGUCUCUAGAUGUCUUCACAUGUCCAUUGAUUCUCCGAACGCCUUGACCAUCUCAACCAUGCAAUUUCUCUUGAAGUUGAGCAUUUUCGAGGAAAAUAAGGCGGUUAUGGUAGGUUCGAGGAGCUUUCUGAUGAGUAUUUCUGUUUCAGGAACAACAAAACAUCGUUGAAAAGAUCCUCAAACUCUUUCCCAUAACGGACACCGACCUGAGAAAAGUCACUGUGAAAUUGUUAUUCAACCUGGCUUUCGACGCGAAAAACACGUCAAAAAUGGUCGAGAGCGGACUUGUUCCGCAUAUGGCGCCAUUAAUAGAAGGUUUUUAUCUUCGAUCGUUUUCAAAAUUCUGAAAGCAAUUUUUUAAACUUUUUUUCAUAAUUUUUGAAGUGAUAUUUCAUGUGUCUACGUUAUCAAAAUAAAAACUGUAGAAGGCUCGAAAGCGCUGAACGUGCUCUAUCUGCUCAGCUGCAACGACGACGCCAAGGCGAUGAUGGCCUUCACGGACGCCAUUCAGCUUGUCAGUUAUUUCAAGGCGGAAGAAUUGAUAAAGCUUGAUGAAAAAGAUAUUUUUGAUGUCUUACAUAUUCUUUUUGUUCGUUGAAAAAUUUUCAUGGAAGAAAAUAAGAUAGGUAAAUAAAAAAAGGAUAAAUGAAAAGAAAAGGCUGAAUACACAUGGCGGAAAGAUUCUAUAAAGGAUUUACCUUUUUUCCGAACAAGAUCUUUUCAAUGGGAAGUUUGGAUUUUUCUAGGGAGUUGCCCGAAAUUUCUUUGAAGGUCUAUAUCGAAAGUCUUCAUGGUCGCACCAGAAACUUUUAUUUUAGAUUUAAGAGUUUUCGAGAUAUCUCAAUGUUCACAGUUGAAAGAGAUUAGCAGUUUGUAAUAGUCAUGAUUUCGAAAUCGAAGUUUGAAAUUAGUGUUAUGACCUAUUAAGAAAGUUGGAAAAAUCCCAAAAAAGAGAAAAAAUGAUAAAUUGAAGCUUUGCUCUAUCUUGAUUUGUUUAUAUCUCACGGUUUUCAGCUUAUGCGCGACGUCCUGACUGGAGGGGGGAGCGAAGUGACAAAAGCGGUCCUUCUGAACACUUGUAUCGAAAAACGCAAUGCUCAACUCGUGUGCGGAACUGAUGGCCAAGGGUGGGUUUCAGUGGGAUUGAGAAGAGUUGAUUUGUUCUAUGUUCUCUAUACAGUUCAUUCAUUAAAGUGACAAAGACAGAGGCGGUAGAAUUUUGAGAAUUAUUUUCUAAGUUUUUUUUAGUAAAAGUUUAUUGUAGAAAAAUAUUUUCCAAUCAUUUUUCAAACAGAUGUUUCCGAUUCUGUGCCGAAGAAACCCAACACUUUCUUAUAGAAAAAGAAACAUUUGGUUUGAGCUUGAACCUUCUGAUGGAGUUGGCUCUGAAUUCCCGCGAUUUGAUGAUUGCGAAAGUGGUUCGGGCGAUCGCAGCCCAUGAGGGACCAACGCAGGAGCUCUUUGUGGUCUGUGGAUUGUGAAACUGGAGCUAAACAAUGCUUUUUGAGGGAUGGAUGCCGCGUCUCCUCGAGAUAGGCAUGAACGAGGGAACGGACUCGGCGGAAGACAAGGCCGCCUUGGGACUCGAGUCUCUGGGUGCCGCCGCCGAGAUUCGCGUUGCGCCCUGGGCAAAGUUGGUCUUUUUCAGUCAUUUCACCGUCUGACGAGAAGUCUGAAACGCUUCAAAAACUCGAGGCCAUUUUGGACAAUCCCUGGUUAUUUCUCUGUAUUGUCCAAAUUUCACGUUAAAGUACGAUUUUUGAAAAACUUCAGCAACGCGAUUUUUAAGAGUUGGUAGCGGAAAUUUCGGAAGAGGUCGUCUCAAACCUCCCCUUUACUUCUUCUCUUUUUCCUGAAGUUUUUUUUAAAGUAUCAUUUUUAGACUCUGUGAAGAGCACAACAUGAUACCGUGGAUGAAGGAUGUGCUGCGAAUGGAGUUUGAGGUACGCAUUUUGGGGAUUCACGUGUCCCUUUGGCUGUCAAGUGUUGAGAAUGCGCUCCAGAAAUUCAAGUUCAGAUAAGCUAUUUCUGUCUCACAGGCCAUGUCUAUUCAAUCAGAUUCGAUGGCAAUAGACCAUUAGUGGGCAAGUAAAAAACUUCGUAAGCCCAGGAGGAGAAGGAGAUGGCUUACAAACAUUAGAAAAAUAAAGAAUGAAGUCAACUUUUGAUCUCCGAGAGGUAAAGUUGACAAAGUAUAUUUCAAACUAGCGGAGAUAGUACUGACUUUUAUUUAACUUGGGAGGAGCGGCCUUUUGGAAAGGUCUGCCCAUGUAUGAAAUAGACACAAAAAAUAAAUCCAAAAAGCUUCUUCACAAGUUCUGAUUUCGCCCAGGAGCACGAAGAACUGGCGGUGAUGAACGAGAAGAAGCCUCUUCAGCUGCAAGUGAUCAUCGCUUGCGGGACCAUGGCAAGGCAGUUGGACGCCGCCAGAGCCUUGAUUCCUCUCAUCGACACCUUCAUCUUCGUCCUCCAGUGUUGGUCCAUCCUGAACUUAGGAAAAUACACAGAACUCAAAGAAUUUCCAGCGUCAAAAAGUUCAAGUUUUUUCUUCAAUUAAAUAUCAAAUUUUCAACCAAAAUGAUCAAUUUAUUCUUCGAAAGGUCUAUGAAAGAAUCGUAGUAGAAGAAUCAAAGUUUUAUUCCAGUAUUUUUUUUGUUUGUUUUAAUUUUCAAUAAGCCAUUUUAGCAAGCCAAAUCGAUGACGAGUUUGUCGUUCAGCUACUCUUCAUGUUUCUUCAGAUGCUACGGCACAAGGUUGAUAAAAAUGAUAGGAAAUUAAGGAUAAGGGUUCAAAUCAAACUCUAAUCCUGUGAGGGACAGAUAAAAUUUUCAACUAUUAUUUUUCAUGAAAAAACUCAUUUGCCUGUAAAAACCCGCAACAACAUAAAAAAAAUGUUUUUUUUUCUUCAAAAAUUUGAUGUUUUCUGUAUUGUUCCAAUUUUAGUAUAUGUUCUCGGAAGAACGAAAAGUUGGAGAUUCGAAGGACGUAUAUAGACUUUCUACCCCUUGCAGCCGAUCAAAGAGGUCAUCGCGCGCAAGUCGUCCCGAGUCGGAGGCGCGUUGGCAUCGGGUCGCCGCCGCUGGAUGGCUCUUAAACUUACCUGGCUGGGAGGAUUUCGCGAUCCCGAAAGCGGAAACUCCAUGGCGAGGCCUGACCAUUGCACUUCUGGUCGGGCUGACCUGUGUGGCAGUCUCGAGUUGAGAUUCGCCAACAGCUUAAUUUUUGCGUGUGGGGUUGCGUUCGCGCGACCCCGAAAGAUAAAAGAAAAUGAAUGAAAAAAGAAUUGAAAUGAAAUCAGAGAUUUUUCGAAGAUCCGGUUGAAGUUUGAUGAAAAAAGCAUAAAGGUGGACUAUAAUAGUCUCACUAGGCAUCGUAGGAGUUUUAAAACUUUUUUAUUAAAUAAAAUUUUUGGUUGAAAAUUACUGGGAGUUGAAAUUUUACAACCGCAUUUUGCUGUUCUUAUUGGUUUUCAAUUUUUAACUAUCGUUGGUGGGUUAUGUUUUACGAGGAUGGUACCUUUGGUGUUAUCUAAAAAUCCCAAAAAAUUUACGCUCAAACACUCUUUGAAGACACCUAUGUAAGGCCUAUUCUAGAAUACUGCUCCGAAGUUUUCAAACCUCCUUUUAACUCUGAUCUCUGCUACAAACUUGAAUCUCCGGAGAUCUCAGGAGAUCUCCUCUCAGAAUGUUUUCUAGAAAAAUAUUUGUUAGGUCAAGCCUAUCUUUUUAAUCAUACUCUGAUCGCCUUGAGCAAUUUGAUUUCGAAAUCCACUUCGAUUUCGUUCUCAAAGUCAGUUUUCAAUGAUUUUUUUUCUUAAAAACAAUCCCUACUUGGAACAAACUCACUUCCAAAUUUCAAUUCAGCCACCACUCCAAGCCUUCAGAAAAUUUACUGGUCAAUCUACCAUUACACGAGAUCUUCUUGUCUAUUACUCCAAGACUCAAAUGAUGUAUAAUUGUAUAAUUUAUUUUUCUUAAAUUAUAGAUCCAAGUGAACUCGUUAGGGUUCACGCUGAAUAAAUUUAUUAUUAUUAAAAAAAACUAAAAGUUUUUCGAAAACUUUGACUUUUUCUUUUCCAAUAAGGUCUACAAAAAAAUAUCCCGCAUAGUCGUUAGAUGUUCACACUAGAGUUCUCAAAAUGACCAAUUGAAAAAAAUGACAUUUUUCAAAAACGAAAAAUUUUCUUUUUGACAUUUCAAACGAUUGUCGUUUUUGAGAGAUCAACCAAAAUUGAUCACUUUCAUUCAUUUCAUUUUGUGACUUUUCAAAUAAUGACGGAAAAAUAAAUGGUCAUUUUCUAAACAAUCAUAUUCUGACUAGUAAAUAAAUGUUCGUCCUAAUGACCAAACUUUUCAAACUGAAAAGUAAAUGUUCAUUUUUUUGAACAAAAUUUUUAAAAUGAAUUUUAAAUGUUUACUUUUUUGACCAAAACUUCCGAAAGGAACUUUAAAUGUUCAUUUUUUUGACCAAAAUUUUCAAAAAGAGUUUUAAAUGUUUACUUUUUCGUACAAAAAAAUUUUUUUUUCAACUGUGAAAAAUUAAAUGUUCAUUUUUUGGCCGAUAAUUUUUCCGAACCAAAAUCCAAAUCAAUACUUUUCCUUUUUCCUCAUUCAAUUAAUUCUCCAGAUAGGACCUUUCUUCCGGUCUGCUCAUUUUUGACCGGUUCCAUAUAAUUUUCCUCGUCCUUAACCGGCUUUUAGCUUUGCCCUUGACCAUCCAGAUCACUGUUUUCCAACAGAUUUUUAAUUUUAACCAGAAAUUAGUUUGAAUUUCGAAGUAAUCGAUUCAUGAUUUCAUUUGGAGAAGACUGAGAUAGAAUUGACUCCGGCACAAAUACUGCCAAGUGUCGUAAUAGUAAUGAAUAAAUUAAUGAAUAAAUGUUUACCUUUUUUUGAAAAAAAUUUUCAAAGUGAAAUUUGAAUGCUCACUAUUUUGACCAAAAAUUUUUUUAAAAUGAAUUUUUAAAUGUUCAUUUUUUUGUGACCAAAUUUUUUUCAAAGUGAACUUUAAAUGUUUACUUUUUCUGACCGAAAUUUUUCAAAAGUGAAAUUUAAAUUUUUCAUUUUUUUGACCAAAAUUUCCGAAAUGAAAUUUAAAUGUUCAUUUUUUUAACCAAAAAUUUUUUUCGAAAAAAACAAGCAAUUGUUCAUUUUUUUAAAUGCUCAGUUAUGAAAUUUAACCAAAAUGAAGUUUUUAACAAACGGUUCAUGUGAAAUUUAACUAAUUGGUUCGUUCAAACAUUUACUUUUGAGAACUCUAGUUCACACGUCUUUUUUUGCAGAUAGACAUUUUUCAAGUUUGAGUUCCAACCCAAAAUAUGUAUUCCCCGUGAUCCUCGAAAGUAUAAUCUCUAAAUUUAAAACGAAACGUUUGAGCAGGUAUGAGGAAUCUCGUAUUAUCAUUCGAAUGAUCUAUUUUUUUUUAUUUCACUGUCCGAUGACAGUUUUGAAUUUCUAUUGAACAGCGGAAAAAAUGGAGUAAAAAACGAAUUUUUUCAGUUUUCGACUUUUUGAAUCUUCUCGUAAAAUCCUCAUUUGAUCCAUUGACCAGAAUCUUCCUUUUCAGAACCCUCUGCCGAUUAAGAUAAGAUUUCAAGAAAGUUUUGCGAAGUCUGAUAAUUCUUCGGUGCCCACGAGACGUGUUUAGAAGGAACUGGUGAAUAGAAGCGAAAACCGCGCCAGGUCGGCUGCAAGUGGUAGAAAAUCUGUAUAAGUCCUUCGCAUCUCCAACCUUUCGUUCUUCCGAGAACAUAUACUAAAAUUGGAACAAUACAGAGAAGAUUAGCAUGGCCCCUGCGCAAGGAUGACACGCAAAUUCGUGAAGCGUUCCAAAUUUUUUGUUUAUUUUGAAAAGAAGUUUUUGGGUUUUCAAAGUUCGUGAAAACAAUUGUUUUCUUCCAAGGAGUUGGCUGACCUUUUGAUGGGAGAAGAUUCGGCACUCGGAGCCCACAUAAUCGAUCUCAUGCACGAUGCGAACGCCUCAGUGCGGGAGAUUUGCGACAAUUCUCUUGUUAUCUUGGGAGUUAGUUACAAAAGUCUUUGUUGGUAUAAUCUAAACCGCAGGAACAUUCGCAAGAAUGGGCGCGAAGAAUCGCAGCCGAGCGAUUUCGCUGGCACAACGCCCAGUGGCUCGAAAUGGUCGAAGUGAGUAAAAAGAAAAAAAGUUUUUUAUUGUUAAAGAGUUUCAGAGAGGUGCCCACGAAUUCGCACAGCCUGAUGAUGACGACUACGGCGCUGACGUCAUCUUUGACCAGUAUGAUGACGGUUUCGACCUCCAGGAGCCUUUGUUUUAA